AUGAGACUAUUAUAUGAUCAUCUACAAGUUCGUUUGCCAUAUGCAGAUGAUGAAGAAUAUAUCGAUUUAGGUGCUGCUGAAUUAUCAUUUUAUGCUAUAUUGGUUGAAUUAUUAGGUCGAUGUGCACCAUCGGAAGAAACUAUUAAAAUGGGAAAACAAAAUGCUAUUCGGGCAAAAUCAAUUCUUAAAAGUCUUGUUUCAAUGCAUGAUCUUGAAGGUGUUCUUGGUCUUAAAUUUCUUUUAUCAAAUGAAAAUUCAAUGCCACCUGGUCUUCAGCCUUCUCAUAAAAUGUCAAUUAUACUUUUUCUUGAACGUGUCUAUGGUAUUCCUGAUCAAGAAACAUUUUUUCGUCUUAUUGAAGAGGCAUUUC